AUGUCCCCUCGCAACCCGUCCUCCUCCAGCCCACCCCAUAGGCGACCCCCAGAGCCUCGAAUCACUCGGGCCUGUGAGCGCUGCCGCUCCCGAAAGGUCCGGUGCGACGGGCAAACCCCUUGCGCGCGCUGUCGACCGCGGAGUCUUCCCUGUAUUUACCGAUCAGCGACGAGACCAGCUCGACAAAGGAAGAAGCAAUCCCAUGUGGGCGCGUCCGCGUCCGCCUCUGCCUCUGCUUCCGCCUCCACUUCCGCCCCGUCCGAUCCUUGCGCCACGCCCGCCACUUCAGCUGCCCGCCGAAUACUCAACGAUCCCUUCCAAUUCAAACGCCAUCGCGAAUUACGUGCCGGCAUUGGGGUCUCCAAUGUUGACAAUGGUUCGUUUCAGUUCUACGGACCUUCGUCCCAUUUCUGUUUCAUCCAGCGUAUGUGCCAGCGCAUCGCCCGAUCCACUAAUGAGAGCCUUCUCACCCCCGGUAACUCGGUGCCGGAUGGGGUCCGCAAAUGGAACCUAGAGCGCUUCAUGUUCUGUGUUAACGGGGCCUGCAAUACAUCUGGAGCCCAGGAUGCCUACAUAUCGCAGGAGCUGGGCACCAGCCUGAUCAAAUCAUUCUUCGAGAUCAUACACCCCCAAAUCCCCGUUCUUAACCACCUAGAUAUUGUCGAGCAAUGGGAAUCUCUGUGGAAGCCUCCGGCGCAACAGAACCCCGGCAAGCGGAACGAGAUCCUGUUCAUGGUCCUAGCCAUUGGCGCUCGGGUGACUAUUGCCGCGGGCCAACAGGAGACAUCGUUGCUGGAGGGGUGGGCAGAGCAUUUUGCGGCGCAGACGAACCCCAGCUCGGCCGCCUUGGAGGAUCCCACUCUCUGUUCCACGCAGCUGUUACUUUUGAAAGCCAUGUACGCAUAUCAGAUCAUGCGGCCAAAUGAUGCCUAUCUAUACCUCGGUCACGCGGCCCGCAAUGCGAUGGUGCUGGGAUUCAAUCGCUUCCAGGUCAUGGACGGGACAAACGUGACCGUCCAUGGGCUUAAGCGCACCUUCUGGACAAUCUACGCCUAUGAACGUAUGAAUGCCCUCUAUUCUGGCCGUCCAUCUGCCUUCCGUGAUGAGAUGAUCGAUGCCCCGCAUCCCGAGGACCUCUCCAUGCCGGCGGCGCCCGAGAGCCUGGAAGCCAGCAGCAAUCACCACGGCCCGGCCCGGCUCUGCGGCUUCAUCCGCGCCAUGGCUGGUGUCGGCCGCGUCGCUGAUCAGGUAUUCCUGAAAAUCUACUCGCCCGCCAGCAUCACUAGCAUGGCACAUCUCACUCGGCUGCCAGCGGUGACGGCUGAGAUUGAUGGGCUGCUGAGCGCCCUGACGCGCGACCUACCCCUCUACCUCCACUUCUUCGACGCGACGCUACCCAUUGGAUUGGGCUGGCAGGAAGUGCAACGACUGACGCUUGGCAGUCAUUACUAUCUCACGCAGAUGCUGACGCAUCGCCCGGCCCUGCUCUUCAGGGCCUUCUUCACCUCGCGGGACGAGGCCCAGCAGCGCGCGGGCGACAGCCUCGAUCUCGAGCACUCGAUCCAUGAGACCCUGGCCGCAGCGACGCACAUCAUAAACCUGACCCACGAUGUGUAUUUCCGGCGGUGCCCACCCGCGCGAUUCGAGGGGUCCUCGGCCACCGUCCUGGUCGCUGCCGCGGUGACCUUGUUGUACGAUGUGUUGGACCCAAUGACGGGUGCCGAUCACGCGCGAGAGGUGUUUGCCGCCGUCGAGCGCGCCGUCGACUGUCUUGAUCAGAUCCAACAUGUCGGUCCCACCAGCGGCAAGGCCGUGAGUCUCGACGUGAUGCGCAUCGCGAAGGAGGCGUUGCGGUCGACAACAGCAGAUGUCGAGCUCAGUCAGGACUUGCUCGGCACCUUCCCAUGGCUACAAUACGACCUCGUCGCCCCUCCGGACGGCGGCGCGGUGCCAUAUGCGCCUCAUCCCUCCGACCCGGUAUCCGCCCCCAUGUCUAAUGAUAGCCACACCGGACUGCCACAAGACCAUGCACUACACAUUCCGGCCACCGAGCCGAAUUACAUGUCCUACUGGCUAGAGACCGGGUUUUCACCGGCGAACAUCCCGAGUUCUCUCUUCUAG